UGAUACACCACAUUGGCGGCGUACAGGUGUAAUAGUGAUGCGAAGACGAGUCAUUGAGGAAACAAAGCCGAUAUAUUUUAUCUUCAAUAUCACCACGCGCUUUUAGAUUGAAGUUCUCAAUUUCGGUUUUUGAACUACACAGCACGAACACUAUUGUUUAACGCAAGUUAUGCCAAAUUAAGAAAAUUUUUGCAUAAGAUGAUGGCAGUUCAAGUUUAUCGGUGUUACUGAAAAGUCGCGUGUGCUUCAAGUUGUAAUCAAUUAUUUCUUUUACAACUUAACAUUGUUGCAGCUUAUAAGUAUCCGAAUUGAAAAAAGAAAAGAAAAAUUAACAUUCUGGGUGCAGCUUAUAUUAUGCUUAGUGAAUAACAAUAUAAUGUUUGUGUAACCAACAGCAAUUAUUAGUUAAAGUUAAAUCAUUGAUAGGCAUAUGACAUCCAUUUAAAUCAAGUGAAUAGUUUUUUAAUUGAGAAAUGUGAUUUAAGUUCUUUUCUUUUCUGCUGUAGUUUAACUUAAAUCAUUUACUGAUUAGCAGUUUGGAAGUUUUGCAAACAUUUUUGAAAGUAACGACAAACCAGAAAGUUUUACAAUAGGCACUCAAUCAUGACCCAGAUGGUAUUUACAUUGAUUUUAUUGGUUGCCGCCAUAUCAACGGUCGAAUGUAUGAAAGUGAAUCAAAUGCCUCAAAUUUAUGGUGACAAAGUGCCUCAGCGAAUGAUUUCAACAAAAUUGAAACGAGUUCAACGGCGCAUAGUCAUGUUACACGAUUAUUUUCGGACAAAAGUACUGCCUCCCGCAUCGAAUAUGUUAAGCAUGCAGUGGCAUAAUGGAGCUGCCCGAGCUGCCCAGAAGUGGGCGGAUCAGUGUCGUUUUCUCGUUCAUGAUCCAGUUGAGAGUAGAGCCGUAAAACACUUUCCCUCUUGUGGACAAAACAUCUUUGUAUCUAGUCAUAAAGUGCACUGGCUGUUCGCAUUGCAAUCAUGGUUUGUUGAACGGGAGCAAUUUGUUUAUGGCUCUAAGCACAAUAAUUCCACAGCAGUUGGACACUAUACGCAAAUGGUAUGGGCAGCUACACACAAAGUUGGCUGUGGUAUAACGAAAUGUUCCGGCAGAUAUAGUCCUCGUGGAAAACCAUUCUUUAAUUACGUUUGCAAUUAUUGUCCUACAGGCAAUUUCGAAGAUUCACUGGGCCUUCCUUACAAAUCUGGACAGCCCUGCUCGGCAUGUCCUAAUUCCUGUCGAUCGGAUAAAAUCAGAUUGUGUACGAAUACAUGUAACGCAGCAGAUCAGUUAUCGAAUUGCAAGGCGCUACAUAACAACUGGUCGACAUGGCUCUGUAAUACACGGACGACGGAGGGUUUCAAACGACGAAAAAGUUGUUUGGCAACGUGUUCAUGCAAAGGAAAAAUUUACGAUUAGUUUAGUGGCUCGGCUGAGUCAAUUACAAAAAUGCAGCUCUCUUUAGCUUAAUGAUAGUGACGGUGAACAUUCUCUAGCUAUAAUUUCUCGUUUGUUUGUUUUUUACCAUCAACUAGGCAAUCAAUUCGAAUCAAUUUUCAGGCGCCGGGGGAAUUUGUAAUUUUCCUUGUCCAAUGGUUAAGUAUGGCGAGAUUUGUUGUCUAUUUUAAACACCAUUAUAUUAGCGCCACUACCCAGUUAUUACUUUAAGUACAAUCUUGCUGACUGCAAUAAGUAAUUCAUAGAAUUUAUGUGAUAUUUGUUCAAACACCAAAUAUUUCUGUUUCACUUUUUUAUUAAAAGGUUAUAGAAGAUUAGUC